GUCUCCUCCACCACCCUCACCAUCUCCACCACCACCUUAUUAUUACAAGUCCCCACCACCUCCUUCACCAUCUCCUCCACCACCAUACUAUUACAAGUCCCCACCACCUCCCUCACCAUCUCCUCCUCCUCCCUACUAUUACAAGUCCCCACCACCUCCCUCACCAUCCUCCUCCUCCUCCCUACUAUUACAAGUCCCCACCACCUCCCUCACCAUCUCCUCCUCCUCCCUACUAUUACAACUCUCCACCACCUCCCUCACCUUCUCCCCCACCACCUUACUACUACAAAUCCCCACCUCCUCCAUCACCUUCUCCCCCACCACCCUACUAUUACAAGUCCCCACCACCUCCAUCGCCGUCUCCUCCACCACCCUAUUACUACAAAUCUCCUCCUCCACCAUCACCAUCCCCACCACCUCCUUACUACUACAAAUCUCCUCCUCCCACCAUCACCCAUCACCCACCACCUCCUUACUACUACAAAGUCACCUCCUCCACCAUCACCCUCACCACCACCUCCUUACUACUACAAGUCACCUCCUCCACCAUCACCAUCCCCUCCACCACCCUACUACUACAAAUCACCACCACCACCUUCACCAUCCCCUCCACCACCCUACUACUCCAAAUCACCACCACCACCUUCACCCAUCCCUCCACCACCCUACUACAAAUCUCCUCCUCCACCAUCGCCAUCUCCUCCACCACCCUACUAUUACAAAUCACCUCCACCACCAUCCCCAUCUCCACCACCUCCCUUACUACUACAAGUCACCCCUCCACCGUCCCCAUCUCCUCCACCACCUUACUACUACAAGUCUCCUCCUCCACCAUCACCAUCCCCUCCACCACCUUACUACUACAAGUCUCCUCCACCACCAUCACCAUCCCCUCCACCACCCCUAUCACUACAAGUCUCCUCCACCACCAUCUCCAUCUCCCCACCACCCCUAUCUCUACAACUCACCUCCACCACCAUCUCCGUCUCCCCACCUCCCUACCACUACUAA